AGAGGAAGGAAGCGUAUUGCUCGGCGAAGCGUAAUCGAGGCAUCGCACCGCUGCUCUCGGGUUGCGUUGAUGUGCAAUCGUCGAUUGGUAAUAGCAGACGACGUCAGAGUCGAAACUCUCCAACGAGCUUAACAAUGAAAGACAUGUCCCUACUUACACACAGAAACAUAAGAGAUCUAGAUCAUCCCGCAUCCCAAUAAGCAUCAUCAAGCCGAAUUCACGCCUAACAUCGCACAACGAACACCAUCUUACCUCAUCUCAAGGGAUCUCCCUCCCUCCUCCUCGGUUCAUCAUCGCCAUAUUAACCCUUUUCUCCUCAUCUCACAACAAAAACCUCCAUCGCCGACAACCAACCACUCAAUCGAAGCAACCAUGAAGACUUUUACAUCCCUCAUCGGCCUCCUCGCCCUCUCAGGUGCCGCUCUGACUCUCGCUGCGCCGAUCAAUGCCAUCGUUGAGCUUGAGACCCGUGACGAUGGAAACGGUCCUUACAAGCGUACUGUCGACCUCGAGGCCCGCGCUGAUGGAAGUGGUCCCUACAAACGAGCUACCGAGAUCCUCGAGGUUCGCGCUGAUGGAAGCGGUCCUUACAAGCGUGACUCUGAGAUCGAGGCUCGCGCUGAUGGGAGCGGUCCGUACAGACGCGCUGACGGAAGCGGUCCUUACAAGCGUGCUGAUGGCAGUGGUCCUUACAAGCGCGACACUGAGGCUGAAGCUUAGAAUCUUUUAUGGCCCACCAAGCUACGGCCGUUGUGAUACUGAAGUCGAGGCAUCGGGUAUUCGGUGAUGAGCAGCUACCAAUGGAAACAGUGCUUUUGGAGAGACAGAUUAUACCAUGUGAAGGGAACAGAGAUGUGGUUUCUAUUGAGAACGCAAUGCGUAUUUCUCGGGCGCAUAUGAACGAAAACCUUUAUGAAAAAUGAGUCGGAGUUCGAUCACUUGCAUUGAAUAAAUUGCCAUCAUUUUGGUAGCCUCACUUGACAGUCGACAGUAAUAAAGGAUACGGGAACU